GUGUCGUACAGGAAGCUCGCGCCUGCGCGCUGUCCUCCAUCAGGUGGACACAGAACAGUUCUGUGGGAGGAGAAACACACACACACACACACACUAGCUGAUGUAACCCCAUACACACUGUUCACUAUGUAAACCGGCAGCAGUCCGUUGGCAGCACUGACACGAGGUGAAAGAACUGCUGUGUUCCUGUUUCAGAUGACCUUCCUUGAUCUUUGUUGGAUAAUCAAGAGCUGAAGAAAAUAUCCUAAUUAUGGCAUUAUUGACGCAUGUAUUAGCCUGCCUCUUUGGCAUCGGUUCAUGGGUUGCCAUCAAUGGUAUGUGGGUGGAACUCCCACUAAUUGUACCAGAGAUUCCUGAGGGCUGGUUCUUGCCUUCCUACCUCACUGUAAUCAUCCAGUUGGCCAACAUUGGCCCACUGUUCAUCACACUUAUGCACCGCUUUAAACCAGGAGCUUUGGACGAGAGACCAGUCAUCUACACUAUCGUGGUGGUGGGAGUGGUGGCCACCUUUCUCCUGGCCUUUCUCUGGAAGUACACUCUGCUUGUUGGAAAUGCUGUACACAGUGUGGCCUUGCUGUCUCUCAGUUUCCUGCUGUCAGUUGUGGACUGUACAUCUUCUGUCACCUUUCUUCCUUUUAUGAUGAGGCUCCAGCCUCAAUACCUCACCACCUACUUUGUUGGGGAGGGUCUGAGUGGCCUGAUUCCGGCAGUGGUGGCACUGAUCCAGGGUGUUGGGUUGGUCCAGUGCAAGAACGCUACAACUUCUGCAAAUAUUAGCAUGUAUAGCUCUAGUUGGGAGGCCAGUGAUAAGCUGGAGGCACAUUAUCCACCAGCCAACUUCUCUGCCCAGGUCUUCUUCCUGUUCCUCAGUGCCAUGAUGGUAGUGUGUCUGGGUGCUUUCUUGAUGCUUAACUACCACCCUUCUGUGGCAAAGGAAUGCAAGCAUGAGCACUAUCUUGAUGAAGAGCACAGAGGGAAGACUGACAUUAGCCUCUCAAUGCAGAGGCCUGCUCCGGAACAGAAACCCAUGCUGGAGCCUCCAGAUGACCUAGUAAACGAACCCCGUAGCAGGUUCGGAAAAGGUACCUAUAGCACAGCGGAGGUGGUCUUCAUCUUUGUGGUUCUGGCCUGGGUCAAUGCAUUAACCAAUGCAGUCCUACCUUCAGUACAGUCCUACUCCUGUCUGCCUUAUGGGAAUCAGGCCUAUCAUCUGGCAACCACCAUGGCUGCAGUGGCCAAUCCUGUGGCUUGCUUCAUUGCUAUGUUUGUGCCAAUCAGGUCCCUGAUUCUGAUGGGGGUGCUGACAUUGACGGGUACAGCAUUUGGUGCAUACAUAAUGGCAAUGGCAGCACUGAGUCCAUGCCCUCUACUGGUACAUUACGAUAUAGGAGCUGCACUUGUGGUCAUCACUUGGGUGUUGUUUGUCCUCACUUUGUCCUAUGUGAAAGUUAUCAUUGGGGUGAUCCUGCGAGAAGAAGGACAUAGCGCCCUUGUGUGGUGUGGGGCUGUAGUACAGCUCGGCUCCAUGCUAGGUGCCCUGACAAUGUUUCCUUUAGUUAGUGUGUACGGACUCUUCCAAUCAGGGGAUCCCUGUAACACCAAGUGUCCUCAGUGAUGGCAACCAGAAUAAAGUCUUUAAGUCAAAUAUAAAUAGCAAAUGUUGUAGUUAGUCCUGUGCACAAAUGUUCACAGUGCCACUUUGCUUUUACACUAAGCACGAAAGCCAGGAUGUUUCUUUAUUCCAAAGAAAUAGCCGCAAACUUAUAACCGUUACAGCACUUCUGUCUGCCCCAAUGUUUGUCUGACCGCUGCACUGUAUUAAACUAAAGUAGACCUUUAAUGCACUUGUUAUAUUGAAAAGUGAAUCCCAAAAGAGGAUAUUACAUCUGUCUGUUACAAUGUUUAUUGUAAACAAAACUGAUACUUGAUGAAAAGUGCCUUAAUACUAUGGUAUUUAAAAGUUGCACUUCAUUAUUUUGGUUACUUUUUAAUGUAUUUUAAAUAGUUUACUAUUUGUUUUGUAAGUUAUGAGGCCUAAGUACAAAUAACGAACUUUCUUUUUGUAUGGCGUAACUUUAAAUUGAAAUGAAAUGUACAAUUUUGAGAAUAAAAUAUGUAAAACUGU